AUGCAUUUGGCGCUUCUCUUGUCCCUGGCCUUUGGGCUUGAGUCUGUAGUUGCUGGCCCUUGCAAGCCAAACUCUUCCACCAUUGCUACUACUGCUACCAACACAGAAAGUCUGGGACUAUCUUUGACAUUAUCGACAGAUACCACGAAAGCGACCGAGCAGUCAGACUCGAUGACAACAACCACUCUCGCGAUUUCUGAGUCCACUUUCUCUCCAACCAUCAGCUUUUCAGAGCCAUUAUCGGAUACAACGGCGUUGAGAGAGCAGACAGAGUUGACAGAGGCAACGACGAUCGCAAUCUCCGAGUCCACCUCCGUAGCUCAUUCUGGGUCUACUACCUCGGUCACAUGUACAGCAGUGUCUGGGCCAUCUAUCUCAAUAUCAGGUGAGUUGACAUCUUCGAUUGAUGCUUCAGUGACAACGACAGAGUCUACUGGAACUACAGAGCCUACCACGGCUGCAAAGUCUACCACUGACUCCGCGGCAUCUUCGACGCAGAUCUCUACUGAUACAACACUGGACGCAACAACGACAACUUCCACCGAAUCACCAACUUCCACCACGAUUAUUGACGAAGUCUCUACGACAACCGCUCUCCUGCCUAUCCCGAGUCUGUUCACGCUGACUGCUCAAGGUGGCCCAGCAGAUGGCCAAGUUAUACGUGGAAAUGGCCUGCCAGAGUACUCUGUGGAUAGGUGCUUUCUUAACUCGGCCAACUAA